UUCUCUCUCUCUCUCCCUCUUUCAUCUCAUCUCCCUCACUCGCAUCUCACCUCGCUCUCUACUCGUGGAAGAGCGAGAGAGUCGAGAGAAUCAGCACCCUCAGUCACAAUCAUGGCAGUGCCGAUGAAAUCCACAGUGGCAAUUGCCUUCGUGGCUGUGGCUUUUGUAGCCUUGGCAGGACUCGCGAUGGCAGCGACCCCAGCCAAACCAGACGACUACGUUCUGGUGUCCCAAGCUUCAGCCUCUGCUCCUGAGAGGGCCAGAUGUAUCGGACUCGGCAAAUGUUACUUGAAGCUCCUCACGUGCCCCAACGAGUGCCCCAAGCGUUCAACCCUCGGAGCUGGAAGGAGUGCCUGCUUCAUCGACUGUGUCAAAUGCGAGGCCACAUGCAAGCACCGCAAGCCAAACUGUUAUGGAUUCGGAUCCAUCUGCUACGACCCUCGCCUGGUGGGAGGAGACGGGUCCAUGUUCUACUUCCACGGAGCGUCGAACGAGGACUUCUGCUUGGUGACCGAUAGGAACUUGCACAUCAACGGUCACUUCAUCGGUCUGAGGCCCGAGGGACGCAACAGGGACUACACCUGGAUCCAGGCCUUGGGACUGCUCUUCGGGUCUCACUCGUUCUCCGUCGGAGCCAAGAAGGUGUCGGUCUGGAACGACAACGUCGACCAGCUGAUCUUCUCGUACGACGGAGUGGCAUUCUCCCUGGAGGAAGAGGUUGGCGCCAUUUGGAGGUCUGAGUCCGGCGACGUCAAGGUCGAGCGCACCUACGAGACCAACGUGGUCGAGAUCACCGUCGACCGCAUGCUGACCUUGCUGGUGGCCGUGGUUCCCAUCACCGAGAAGGAGAACCUCGCCCACAACUACCAGCUGCCCAGCGACGAUGUGUUCGCCCACCUCAACCUGCAGUUCAAGUUCCACAACCUGUCGGCCAACGUCAACGGAGUUCUGGGCCAGACGUACCAGCCCAACUACCAGAGCCCCGCCAAGGUCGGCGUCAAGAUGCCCGUUCUCGGAGGUGAGGAUCGGUUCAUCGCCUCGGGCCUGCUCAACGCCGACUGCAAAGCCAACCAGUUCUCCCCCGAGUCCCUGGGCCCCGUCGAUGUCCUCCAGCCCUUCACCGCCGAGUGCUCCAGCAGCUCCGGCAGCGGCAGCGGCAUCGUCUGUCGCCGCUAAACGGUUGAAUUUAGCAGUAAAGCUUUGAAGCUUCCCGAUCGACCCCGUGAUUAGUAGCGCAGCUUAGAGAUGUCGGAACGACAAAUCACUGAAUUAAUCAAUUCAAGCAAUCACUUAGCAGUAAUUGGAUGAGGUGACGAGAUUCGAGAAUCUCCCAGACAAGUUAGAUGAAUCUAGUUUUGUUACAACGUUAACCCCGACGCUGAUGUGGCUGCUCCAAGCGCGCCUGGGCUGCCAGUCAGCAGGCGGGCUGGCUCGCUGGCGCGCAGUAGCAGCGGCAAGCAGCGGAUGGCGUGCAUAAUCGCUACGCUGCACUAGCCUAGAGAGCUAGCUACCUCAACGGCCCGCUCCUACCUAUUGUAGCGUGGCAAAGACCGCGGGAACAGGACCAUUCGAAUAAUCCUUCGACUCUAAUGUGAUCAAUAACCAUUUUAAUCCACUGGACUCACGUCCAUAUUUGUCCGCUGGACAUUUGUU